AUGACCCUCAGACGGCCCGCACAGCGCUACUCAUGCACUGCGGCAAUCGGCAUGUACUCAACUCGGUCGACCUCUGGCGGAUAUGGAGAUGCCGCAGCGGUAUCUUUCCCUGGCUGGACGGCAACCAUCGCCAGCAGGACGCGUUCAUGGAAAUUCGAGACACCCACCCCACUCAACGUAGUCUACACUGUUGCCUCAGGGGCCGUCGACGACCACAUCAACGACUUAUCCGUCGGCUCUCAGGUACCGGCUCGACAGAAUAUUUACAACAUCCUUGUGCAUCUCACUUCCCUCACAGUCCGGCCGCUAUGGUGA